GACCAUUUUACAAAGAUGGCACAUGCCUUUGUAUGCUCCAACCAGUCUGCCAAGGCAGUGGCGCAUCAACUGUGGCAUAACUAUUUCUGUGUCUACGGCUUUCCAAGAUGCUUACACUCUGAUCAGGGAGCAAAUUUUGAGAGUGCACUAAUCUCUGAACUAUUGAGUGUUGCUGGUGUCCAGAAGUCCCACACGACUCCAUAUCACCCAAUGGGUAAUAUGAUUCGUGUCUUGCCUCCGAAAGCUAAGCAACAAUGGCCUGAUGCACUGAAAGCCUUCACUUUUGCAUACAAAUGCACUGUUCACGAGACAACCGGCUUUGCUCCAUUUCUGUUGAUGUUUGGCAGGGUGCCAAGACUCUCAAUUGAUAUAAUCUUUGGUUCUGUCAUUGACCAUCAUGACAUCACAGAUUAUGGCCGAUAUGUCCAGACAUUAAGAAAAGGCCUCAAGGAGGGAAUGGACAUUGCACAAAGAAUGGCAAGCAAACAAUUGCAGCGCCACACGGAUCUCUACAACCGGAAGGUCCGGGGAUCCCCAGUGGAGAUUGGAGACCGUGUUCUUUUAGCCAAGAAAAAGGGACGUGGCAAGAGAAAGCUUGCAGAUCGCUGGGAGAAUGUUGUCUAUACGGUUUUGGACAAGAAUGACACAAGUCACACCUUUAAGCUUCAGAAUGCUUCCACAGGCCAGGAGAAGAUUGUACAUCGCAACCUGUUAAUGCCAGUGAACUUUCUCCCUCUCGAGGGUGCUUUGCUGCAGGAAGAAGUGGAUGUGUCUUCUGAAUCUGGCUUGCUGACGGCAGAUGGCGAUGGAGAGACUGUGGACGAAAUGUCUGUGGCAUCUGCUGAGUACAGAACAAGAGCUUGGGUUUCUGACUUGCCAUCUGAAGUGUCCAGUGAGUUGCUGAUGACUGAGGAUAUUGAACCAGAAGGCACUGUUGUGGACCAUCGACUGGUCUCUGGCUGUGCUCCCACUAUUGACUCUGAUAUAAAAAAGAAUUCGACCAAUGAUGAGCACCAAUCCGACCUGAUCAUGUCAGAGGAUCCAGCUGCAUACACUUCUGCUUUGGAGGCAGCAACCUCCAAAGGGUUGCUGCCUCCAUGCUCAAACUGAGCAUGACCCAAACUAGUUGCCG